GUGAAAAAAUCUUUUUAUUUGAGGGAUACAGCAAAUAGUGGGAUUGUUCAACGUUCUGGAGGCGGUUUUCAGUCUAUUACCUACAUUAGUCAGGAUGAUUUUUCGAAGCUUACUGAAGAACAAAGGAUUGCCCAUGUAAAACAAGUUUCUGCUGAGAAAUACAGCGCUGCAAACUACCAAAGACGAGCAAUUGGAAUCAUGUCUUCUUCAGGGCAAAGUGGGAUACAGCAAAUAGUGGGAUUGUUCAACGUUCUGGAGGCGGUUUUCAGUCUAUUACCUACAUUAGUCAGCUACCAAAGACGAGCAAUUGGAAUCUUGCCUGGACCUCCUCCGCCGACUUAUGUUUGCAAUCGUUGUGCUCAACCUGAUCAUUGGUACAAAAGCUGUCCAUUGGUAAUUUCACUUCUCUUCUUCCUCUUUUCCACAUUGAUGUUGAGGAAAUUGAGUGAUCGGGAAAUUUUUAAUCAACAAUGGCUUAGAGCGAUUUUCCUUGCAGCUGCAUCUUCAGGGCAAAUUGUAGUGGAUAUCCUUCUCUUCCCCCAAUGUCAAGUGCUUCUUCUGAUGCGGUUAUUCAGUCACAACAAGGAACCCUUUCCUGGGCAAACUGAGGAAGUUACUGGCUCUCCUUAUACAGAAGAACAAGUGGAGGUGCCAGAACAAUACAAAUGCUUUCUGUGUAAAGGACUAUUGAGAGAUGCUGUUUUAGCGUCAAUACAAAAAGAGGUACUCAAUUUCUUCAGAGAGAAGAACUCCAUCUCCUCAAGAUCAGUUUACACGAAGAUCAUCUCGUGCAGUUGGUGGUAAUUAUCGUCGAAGUAAACCCUACUUCAAUCCUUGCACCGUGCUU